AUGGCAGAAAGCACACAUGUUAGCAAUAUUGCGUCUUCAACGCAAAUUCCAAAAGAAUUAUGUAAACAAUCAAAACUUGAUCAAGAAAAAAAAUCAUUAUUAAAAUCAAAUCAAAAUCAAAAUGUUAAUGGUGAAAGAACCAAGAAUAAUAGCAAUCUUGCAGCAUCACCUGUAACCGAUUUCCGAAGUGUGUUAACCGAUGCUGAACGAGAAAUUUUAGCUGACGAAGAAAACACUGAACAUGGACGGCAUAAACAUAAAGAACGAUGGAAGAGAAUAAUCAAAACAAUUCGCAAAAAAGAAUACGAAGAAUCAUCGAAUGAAAAUGAAGAAAUUCUAUCAGAAUCAAUUGAUGAAAAACCUAAAACAAUUAUUAAUGAAAUAUCAGUUUCUAAUAAAAAAAUUCGAUAUUUUAUAGGAAAAGAUUAUGCAAAUGCUUAUGAUGAAGAUUUUAAAAAUCUUGAAAAAUUUGAAGAAGACUGUGUUGAUCGAAAAAUAUUUCCACGAAUGCCAUGGCACGACGAAGCUUUGGUUGUUAGUGGAGAAGCAGCAAGAGAUUGUGCCAGGCAUUUUAUUCAACGAUGGAAUAUUCAUAAAGCAGAUCAAUAUCGCUUUAAUGAAUUUUUUCCAUACAUCCUUCCAAAGAGUUAUGAUGAUGAUCAAUUAUUUGAUUCAUCAAUGCUUUCUGAUAUUCUUGGUGAAAAACUAAAACCAAUUCGUUUUGAUGCUCAAUGUGUUCGUUCUGCUGCAGAUUGGUCAUGUAGCAUUGGCCCUAAAGAAACUUCAAUACAAAAUGCGUAUAUUCAUAUGAUUAAGAGUGCUCAACAUUUUAUUUAUAUUGAAAAUCAAUUUUUUGUUUCAAUUGCUAAUGAUACAACAAUUAAAAAUUUGAUUGAUGAUGCACUUUAUCAUCGGAUAAUUGAUGCUGCUAACAAGAAAGAAAAAUUUCGAGUAUAUGUUGUAUUACCAUUAUUACCAGGAUUUUCAAAUGAAAAUGCUGUUCAAGCGGUUCUUUAUUGUAUAAUGAGAUCUAUUAAUAAAGGAGAAACAUCACUUUAUCAAAGAUUAAUACGAGAUGGUGUAUCUAAUCCUGAAGAGUAUAUAACAUUUUAUGGAAUGCGUAAUUGGGAUAUAUUAAUGGAUACAUUAAUAACAGAAAUAAUUUAUGUUCAUUCAAAACUAAUGAUUGUUGAUGAUCGAAUGUGUAUUUGUGGAUCAGCAAAUAUAAAUGAUCGUUCUCUUCAAGGUUCUCGAGAUUCAGAAUUUUGUUUAGCUGUUGAAGAUGAUGAAAUGAUUGAUUCACAAUUAAAUGGUCAAAAACAAAAAGUUGGACUUUUUUCGUCAACAUGGAGAAAGAAAUUAUUUAGACAAUUAUUGGGUAUUAAAAAUGAAGAAGAAAUGAGUGUUGAUGAUCCAUGUUCAGAUGAAUUUUACGAAUAUUUUCGACGAAGAGCAAAAGCUAAUGCACAAAUUUAUGAAGAAGUUUUUAAUACUUUACCUACUAAUCGUGUUAGAACUUUUAUCGAAGUUACUGAAUAUACUCAGAAAUCAAAAUUGAGAGAUACUGAUCCAUUAGCAGCACAUAAAAAAUGUAAACAAAUUAAAGGUUUUGUUGUCGAAUUUCCCUUAGAGUAUGUAGCUGAUGACGUUCUAAUCCCAAAAUGGACAACAAAAGAAGGUCUAAUUUAA